AUGCCCAGCGCGGCCGCCCAUCACCGCCAAAGCUUUCACGAACUACGAGGCCAUCCCCCUUCUCCGCGAUCGCAAAGACAGCCUUCUGUAUCACAUCUCGCUGUACAAGAUCUAAUUGAUAACCCACCUAUGAGGAACCCAGAUCCCAGGUUUGUGGGGAGGAAUUGGACUGAGGUGAAAGUCAAAGAGUUGGUCAACCCGGAUGAUCUCAGAUUCGUGAACAUUGACACCCCCGUUGAGUCGGCUACAAAUCUCCUCAUCGAGUCGGGCGCCCCCGUAGUCCUCGUCCGCGAAAAGCCAGGCUCCCCCGUCAUCGGCACAUUUGACCACCGCGACCUCAAUGCCUACCUGCUGCUAGUAGUAGGGCUUUCCCAUCCCGAUGAUGAAGAACAUGCCGAAGACUUUAUGGAACUCGCCCAGAGAGCGAGGGAGGGCAAAUGCGUACACUUACGCGAAAUCCAGGCCUUGAGCAAAAAGGAACCUUUGACCUUCCUCGAUGAGAAUGCCGAUCUGCUCAAGGCCAUUGAGACGUUUGGAAGAGGAGUCCAUCGAGUGGUCGUGACGGAGGAGACUACAAAAGAAGCAACGGGUGUGCUCAGCCAGAGCCGUCUGAUCAGAUUCCUGUGGGAGAAUGGGAGGAGUUUUCCUGUGCUGGACCAAUUAUACCUCCAGAAUCUUCGCGAUUUGAAAAUUGGAUCCAAAGAUGUGGUUGCCAUCAAUGGCGAUCGUCCCCUUUUCGAAGCCCUUACGCUCCUGCUCAACGAAGGCGUUUCGUCUUUAGCCGUUGUCGACCACAACUACAAUGUCAUUGGAAACAUCUCCAACGUCGACGUCAAACUCCUAACCAAGUCCACCUCUUUGCCACUCCUUCGCAAUACAUGUAUCCACUUCAUCACAGUCAUUCUCUCCACGCGCGGGAUGUACGAAGGGAAAGACUCCUUCCCCGUCUUCCACGUCACUCCGCUCUCAACGCUUGCGCACACUGUCGCAAAGCUCGUUGCGACGAGAUCACACAGGAUGUGGAUCACCGAGCCCAUCUCCCCCAGCUCCUCUGGCCCGCCGACCCCAUUGCUGCACAGUGCAACCUUGGUUCCAACGUCAAGCCACUCGUCGACCCUCUCCUUAAAUAGCGGAGCCAGUCACCAUAUCGUUCCACCUGCUGCCCUGCCCACUCCUGCAUCAGAUCCAUUCUCGACCUCUUCGGGAGCUGUCGUCGACAGCUCGCCAAAGGCACCGUUCAUCGCGCCUACAGGUCCCUCAAUCUCGGCAUCUUCACUUCCAGGGGCGCGGAUUUCAGGACGUCUCGUUGGUGUGGUGUCUCUCACCGAUAUUCUGAUAUUGUUUGCCCGCGCGGGCGGCGUCACAGACGUCGCGGAUCCAAACGAGAUUAGGAUGCGACGGAGAAGAAGUAGUUCAAGUAGUGUGAGGAGGAGUUUUGAUUUGGGGCAACGACCAAGUAUCGGUAGUGGUAAUAGUGGGAGCGGGCUCCGGCCGAGCGGAGAGCUGAAUCGGAAGGGAAGUACGGCGAAACGUUGA